AUGCUUGGAUAUGGGGAUUUAAUAAAAAGCAUAGGGGCAGAGAGAACGCCAGUAAACGCGAGCACCAACCACAGUCAGUCUCAACCCAUACAGUUGUUCCAGCUGCUGCCACAAGGCUUUCUCGUUCUCAUGGCAACCCCCCUCAGAACGAGAAGAACAAACUCAAUGGAUUCUUGGAAAAGUCCUUUUCUUUUUCCUUUAUUCCUAUGGAGUCAUUGCGGCGGGGUGAGGCUGCUGCUCCUGUUGCUGAUUCUGCGUUUGGGGACUUGUGUGGAUAAAGCAGAUGAUGAAGAUGACGAGGAUUUAACAGUGAAUAAAACUUGGGUAUUAGCACCAAAGAUACAUGAAGGUGAUGUCACCCACAUCCUGAAUUCUUUACUUCAAGGCUAUGAUAACAAACUUCGGCCUGAUAUAGGAGUGAGACCCACAAUAAUUGAAACUGAUGUUUAUGUUAACAGCAUUGGACCUGUUGAUCCAAUCAAUAUGGAAUAUACAAUAGAUAUCAUUUUUGCCCAGACUUGGUUUGAUAGCCGCUUAAGAUUUAAUAGCACAAUGAAAGUCUUGAUGCUUAAUAGCAACAUGGUUGGGAAAAUUUGGAUACCUGAUACUUUCUUCCGAAACUCAAGAAAAUCAGAUGCUCAUUGGAUAACAACUCCUAACCGACUGCUUCGAAUAUGGAGUGAUGGAAGAGUUCUCUAUACCUUAAGGUUAACAAUUAAUGCUGAAUGCUAUCUUCAGCUACAUAACUUCCCUAUGGAUGAACAUUCCUGCCCACUGGAGUUUUCCAGCUAUGGGUACCCUAGAAAUGAAAUAGAAUAUAAAUGGAAGAAAACCUCUGUCGAAGUAGCAGAUCCCAAAUAUUGGAGAUUGUACCAGUUUGCAUUUGUAGGGUUACGGAACUCAACAGAGAUCUCGCAUACACUAUCUGGUGAUUAUAUCAUCAUGACAAUCUUUUUUGAUUUGAGUAGACGUAUGGGAUACUUUACCAUUCAGACAUAUAUCCCAUGUAUAUUAACAGUCGUCCUUUCCUGGGUCUCAUUCUGGAUUAACAAAGAUGCAGUUCCUGCAAGGACAUCAUUAGGUAUAACCACAGUGCUGACAAUGACAACACUGAGUACCAUUGCUAGGAAAUCCCUCCCGAAGGUUUCCUAUGUGACAGCUAUGGAUCUCUUUGUUUCUGUUUGCUUCAUUUUUGUUUUUGCGGCCUUGAUGGAAUAUGGAACCCUGCAUUAUUUCACUAGCAACAAAAAGGGGAAGAAGCCUAAAGACAGGAAGUCCAAACACAGGUCCAGGAAAUCACCCGCAGUUGCAGUCCGCCCUGGAUCUACAUUGAUUCCAAUGAACAGCAUUUCUCAUCCGCAACAACGAGAUGAUGAUUAUGGAUAUCAGUGCUUGGAAGGCAAAGACUGUGCCAGCUUUUUCUGCUGUUUUGAAGACUGCCGGACAGGAUCUUGGAGGGAAGGAAGAAUACACAUCCGUGUUGCCAAAAUUGACUCAUAUUCCCGUAUAUUUUUCCCAACAGCUUUUGCUCUAUUUAAUCUUGUUUAUUGGAUUGGCUACCUUUACUUGUAAAUUCCCAUUGCUCCCAAAUAUUGACAAAGCCACACUAAACAUAGAUAUCAUUCAAUGUAACUCAGUAACAUGAAAUUUAUUUUUUU